CUAUUUGAUAACGAGAGAGCAACAAGAACAACAUGAUGGUCUGUAAUCGCUGAGAAGUGAAGAUGGUUCAUCAUGAUGAUCACCACACCGUGAGAACAGAGCUAGUAAGUGUUCGCUUAAUCCGUGAUGUGCCACGUUGUAGUUGUCGCUGUGUCUGUUAAGACUGAAAGACGAAAAACGAACAAGUGAGUGGUCCAGUCAUCAUCUGUCGUUGUGACGAGAGCUGAGUCUGUCGUGACGAGAGCGACAGGUCGUCAACAUUUUUCGUUCAACAAUUCAUUUGAGUGAUUUCUUAGACCUUUUUUGUUCCGCCUCGACGUCCUUGACUUGUCGUUGUCGUAAAAAGAGCAAUAUGACUUCAUUCCUCGCACCCGCACCACUCUCGUCACAGGAUCAGGAGGAGCAUUCUGUAUUAAAUUUAUAAGUAAAUCCCCUACUUCUUUAAUAUUUGUUCAUCUACUUCUUGUACUUAUAGUUAUAGUUAUAGAUGAGACGUCGUAGAAGAUUUUUAUCGAAUGUUCACGGCACCCUCGUUGAUGUAAUGUCUUCAUGAUUUUUUUUGCGAACAAGCAAGUGCCUGUUGUCUCAGAUGAAACUUAGAUAUUGAUUUGUUUUUAUUUGAGUCGAUGAGAAGAUUUAUUUUUUGUCAACGGACCGACGAACCAACCGCAGCUUUUUAACAGAAAGAAGGUUGACUGCAACCGACGCACGGACCUACAAUGGGACUCGUAGGAUCUUUAAUUUUAGAAGGGAUAGGAAGUGUUGGUGUGCUCAAAGCACCAUGAUUGGCUAGUAUAGUUUGUCAGCUUUUUCAUGGCCUGCUCCUCCACCUUAGGAUCUUAUCCUCGUACUAGUGUCUAAACUAAAAACAUUCAUCCAACAAGGUUCUCUUCAAAGAUUCACCAAAUCUUCAUCUGUAUAAUCUGAAGAUCAACAAAAGCAAUCAUCAAAAUCAACUAGUGAGUGUUGUCUAGUGAGUGGUUCAGGUAUAUUCUACUGCUCGUAUAGUAUACUUUCUUAGAUGAACCUUUCAAAAACAACAUCUUGUAGGUCGUGUCGUGUAAUAAAAACAUCAAUCAAAUAAGGUAAAAUCAAUUAAGAUAGUUGUUGUAAUUCCAGUCCAAGUUUAGAUUUCUGUAUUUUUUACAGUCCUAGUAUCAGCCCUACUGAGUUUGUUAAGAAAUCUUCACAAUUUGAUGUCGCAAGUGUUUGGAAUUUCGUUGCGGCAAUUUUUUUGAUCAUAGUUAGUUAGUUAGACUUAGAGUUAGUUACGACUAAACCUUGAUCAUCUUUAAAAAGUACGAGAUCAUCUAGUGAUCAACAGCGGUAAGAAGUUUGAAAAGGCAUGUAAGCAGGAUACUUUUUCCGUACUGUAACAAAAUAAACAUUACAGUUGUAUUGAGAUAGUAGUUGUACAAUCCAUCACCAUCCUCGUGGUCACCUUCUGUAUGAGAAUUUCCGUCUGAGAAAUCUUCUUGUUCAUCUUCCUUGUAUUUCAAAAAAACGUAUCUUCAUCAGUGAAAAAAAAGAUGUCGUCAUCGUCCGGAAGCAACAGCAAGAGUGCGCCAGCAAUGGCCACUCAGUCCCAGCAGGCCGCGUCAUCCUCCUCCAGCAGUGCUUCAGGAAUUUCUGCAUCAGCUGCACCGAUGCUGCGGAUUGAGGUGCCCACUGGCGGACCAGUGACGCCAGUGGUCGUGCCGAAUACGCGCACACCAGUACCAUCUGGGCCAACGCCGAGCGGGCGCGGAACGCCAGGAGUCCAUCCUACUGUGCCGUUCAAUAUUCCUUAUGGUGAAAAUGAAAAAGUGUUUCAUCUCGCUAUUAAUUUAAACUGUCGUGGGUGGUGCCAUUUGGUGUCAUGGGUCAUGUCUGUAGAAGGUCGUGUCUGUAGAACUAGAACUAGAUCAACUACUAGCUCCAGCUCUAAUCCCUCCAGCGCACACGAUCUCGCGAGCAGGACAACACUGCACAGCAGACCCAAGCACGGGAAGCACCUCUGACCGAGUAUGUCUGCGUUUGCAGUUACACCAAGCUCGACAACCUUGCGCAUAAGCCUCGCGGCACGCCAGCCAACGAAACCAUGACGGUUUUUGCUCUCUGCAAUGUUACUGGACGUUUGACGAAACUGACAGUCUCCCAAGGUGGUUCGAAGGAAUUUCAGAAUGCAGCUUUUGUGCGAAGUCAUCCUAAGAAGAACAUCCUUUACGUGGUGACAGAGAGCAUCAACGAAAACGGGUGGCUUUUCGCAUUUAGACUAUGUCCGGUGACGGGUCAGUUGCGAGAACUAGGCAAAAUAUCAACCGAAGGACGAUCGGCUUGCUAUAUUUCGGUACUCCUUAAUAUUGCCGCGAUUGAAUAUCGACGUACAGAUGUAUAUUUCGGUACUCCUUAUUGCGAUUGAAUAUCGGCGUACAGGUGAUCUUUUUCAUGAAAAUAGCAAGUGCGCUUGUCACGGAGGUUCGUCGUAGUUCUCGUUAUUUUUCAGCUGCAAUGACCUUGAUUUCUUUACAACAACAAAGAACUCUUGUGAUUCUGAUUCAGACGCAAAACCAACCCCUGCCACUGUCGUUCCAAAAACAAACAGUUGAGCCACGAUUUGCGAUACAUCUUGGUCACCAACUACUGGGACUCAACGCUCGCAUCCGUUCCAAUCGAUGAAGAAGGCCUCUUUCUGACACAUGAGGCAGUCAAGAGUCAAAUUCCAGGCCAAAAUGCGAAGUAUUGAUUUUUAGAUUUAGAUGUUGUUGAAGAUCUGGUGACUUUUUUACUUGGUGACAGUGAGAGUGAGUGUCUAGUAUCACUAUCUGGUGUAUGAUCAUGUCUGAAUUUCCUUCACCAAACAAAAUAGCCUUGUUUUGAAGAAUUUCGUGAUUAUAGAAUGAAGAGCUAGUAAAGAUAAACCGAGCACGAUUCUCGUUCAAAUGAUUUCCAAACAGGAAAGAGCGUGCUGCCCAUGGUGACGACCCUCAUAGCAGUCACCGAUUCAAGGAAUCGCAUGCGCAUGCCUGUGUCUUCGAUCCUGCCUUCGGUCGCAUGGCCUACGUGCCGGAUCUAGGUGAAGGAUGCCUCAAGCAGUUCGUUUUCGACGAAAACGACGGUAGCAGUAGAUAUGCUGGCACCAUCAGUUGCGGUGAGCGCGCAGGACCUCGCUAUCUCGAAUUCCAUCCAUCGCUCGAUGUCUGUAAUUUAACUCUUUGAUCCUUUUUUUUCUUAGGUUCUUGCUUCAUUGAGAAUGAGAUUGUCAUAAAAGCAUGGUGUCUUUCCUCUUCUCGCUCCACCCUCGCUUCUCUUCUUUGCUGAUGAUACACAAACACACCUGUUGUCCUGGCUCGACAACUGCACACUGUUGCUUGACAUCAGGAUAUUAAGACACUCCAUAAUUGGAAAAUUGAAACUCAAGCCUCCUUCAUCUGAGCCUCGUGCGAAUUACUUGAUUGAGACUUGAUCAUGUAAUGACAUACCCUCUUUUGAGCUGAAAUGUGCACGCUCUGAAAACCAAAAAUUCAAAGUUUAUGAAAUUGAAAAAUUCGAAGAUGAGUUUGAAAUUGGAAAUUCAUAAUUGGUGUGUCCCCGAAAGGUCGUGCUAAAACUUGCUAUGAUAGCUGUGAUGGUACCAUGAGAGGCUAGAAGUUGAUUCCCAAAUGCCAUGCUCUGAAAAUGAAAAAUUCGAGGUUUUUGAAUUUCGAUCCUUUUUCAAUGAUACUUACUUGCUUGGAAAGUUGUGUCAAGUUGUUCAUCAGAGUUUCAAUUUGAAUGAAAGUCGAUAAAAACAAAAUUUUUCAUUUCCAUUUCAAAAAUUUUGUUUUUAUCGCCAAAAAAUUGAAAUUCAAAUUUUCAAAAUCAAGAAGAAGAAGAAGAAGAACUGUUUUCAUGCUUUGUUUCGGACUUGCGCUUCGUAUAGCAUCCCUGCGAGGCUGCAUUUCCAUUUUCAAAUCCAGAAGUAUUAAUUUCUAGAGCUAUUCCUUCUAGAAGCUAUUUUUUCUAUCCUUCUUUGACAACAUAACUCCAUCUUCUCUACCACAAGGUUACGUCGUAAACGAGCUUGCCUCCACAGUGCAAGUCUUCCGAUUUGACGAGUACCGAGUGCAAGAGGCGCUUGAAAAGUCUUACCGCAAGCAGGAGUGUCCUGCGACUCUCGAGCGCAUCCAGGAGAUUUCCACUUUGCCUGAAGCGUUCCCCAAGAACCUGAACACCUGUGGUCGCAUUUGCGUUGACCCCACCGGCCGUUGGGUUCUGGUGAGCAACCGUGGUCAUGACAGCGUCGCCGUCUACAGUCUACACCCACAACGUGGCGAUCUGACGUGCGUUGGCUACUUCCACACGGGAGGUCACACACCACGACACUUCAAGUUCUCCAGCACCGGCAACUAUCUGUUUUCCGCUAACCAAGACUCGGACUCUGUGUGCGUCUUCCGCUUCGACCAAAGCACGGGCGAAUUGGCGUACAUCCGAAGCUACGAGGUAAAGAGUCCGAACUUCAUCGAAGUAAAGCCGCCAACGGUAGGAAGAAAAUUGGCGAGCUGGGUGUAUGCGAGAAUGUAGAUUUGGAGCUGAUGUCGUCUUAAGAGAAGUAGUACUAGGUCUUGAGAACAAAUGAAUAUGUCCUCCAGUAGAUGAUGGUGUAAUGGAAUUUAAGAAGAACGACCUAAAAACUCAUCAUGAAAUUUCAAAUUGAAUACGAGUUGUUUUAGCAUGGUAUUUCAACUACGUCAACAUACGAGCACUUUUAUAGAUACUUCUUUGGAUGAGGAUGAACAAAUUGUACUUGAAAUAGGAAGGAUGAUAUGUCAAUAUCUCGUGAAGAUAGGUAGCAUACUUACUUUUAAUUAGCGAUGGAAUCUGAAUCAACUAGCAGAACAACGGCAACAUCAAAAUUAAAAACGAAACUACAUCGAGGCGUAAGCUUAGACUUCAACAUAUUUAUUCGAUCUUAAUCGACACAUAGUUUAUUCAUAGUCGUGAUUCCAUAUUUGACAGCAGUCAUUAGCAAUUUUUGGGAAUCAAUACUCAACGUUCAACAUUGCCCAGCAUGCACAGUUGUGUUCUUACUCUUAAAUCGGGAAGAUUUCUUUAGAAAUCGUGGGUUAAAGACAUUGUACACGUCAAAACUCGUCCAACAUUGUAUAUUUUUUUUCUCAUGUCAACAAGAACAUGAUGUCAUCUAAUUGCUCAAAUAACACUCACAUAUUAAAUAUAAUUGCCAAAUAUUAACUGUACAACAUUUAUUUUUUAGCACCUCCCCAAUCAACACCUCCUUCCGGAAGAUGUUGGACUUGACAAGAAGAGAGACUAGAUGACCUAGCAAAUUUUUAUUGCGGUUUGGGGAAUGACCAUCCGUUGCUUCACCUCAAACCGUAGCAGUUAAAAUCUUCUUCUUGUUCUCGUGCUCGUAUUCUUCAUUUUAUGUCAUACUGUCUUCAUACUAAGCGUCAAUAGUUGUUUCUAUGUGCAACAAAAUAGAUGAGUUUAUCAUCUUCUUGUGAUUACAGCACUACUACAAAAUCAAAAUGCAUAAAUAAGUAACAUCAUCAUGAUGAUUCAUUCGAACUGAAAAAACAGGCAAGAGGAGAUUGCCAUUGUUCUUUCAUAGAAAAAGAAAAGAACUAGAAGGGUUGAAGUUCUUGAUCGUGCUAUGAUUACAAAGUAGGGGUGAAGAUGGGGUCCCUGCAUUCCGCUCGACACAAACGUAGCCUCACAUUUACUGAAGUAACCAAAUGAAAAUGGAGGAGACUUCAUGGACGAUUCGUCGAGUUUUCGCUACGUAAAAACAAGUAUCAUAGUAUUGGUGUGCUAGAAGGAUCGCAGCGAAGAAGGAAAAGAGCCGCGAUCAGUCGACCUAAAAACUGGUAUCAACAUUCGUCGGUAAAAUUAUGGGACUAGUAGUUGCUACUUGUAGUUGGGAGAAUUACAAGUAACAAUGGUCCACUUCAUAAUUUGAUGCUCGUGUUUCUAUCUUUCACGUUAGAAGACGUAAAUCACUACUUACAAGGUAUUAUUUUUACCUAACAUCAAACUUCUACAGCUGCAAAUUCUGCUCUACAUUCAUCUGACAUUGAACUUCUCGAUAGCCUCCAUUUACUUAGCAGAGCUGCUCCUGUACUUGUCCUCAAAAAUGAUCGAUAAUAGUGUGCGCUUAUUCCUGUGUGAGUUCUUGUGUUGAAGACCUUGACGCUUUGAAAACUGAUUCACCGACAUCAAUAGAAUCAAUACCACCUCCUCUUCGCUAUUCCUCUCUUGUGUUUGCGCAUGUGAUUUCAACGCUUGGGGUAGGGUAAAUGUAAAAAAGGGCAUGUUAAUGUGAUUGCACAUUAUUCUUGAAGAUCUUCUAGUAGAAGUACCAAAUAAACCAAUCAACAUAGCAAAUCAUCUUAAUCUACUUUCAUCUUGUUUCGAGGACCACAACGACAACUUUCCGAUUCUUACAGCUAAGAUAUCACCUAUCUUCUAAUCUCAUUGUUCAACAUCCCGUUAAAAUGAAGUAUUCGAAAUCCGGAAAUCGUUUUAUUGAACAAUUACCAUUCCAUUUCCAACGAGAAGAACUGCACGACUGCAAAGAAUUAAUGCACAGUCAGAAGGUGAAGAACCUAAAAGGCGGAUUACAAGACUAUGACUUCUUAGUUCGAUUGUCUCUCUCGGCUACUUACCAACAAGAACUCUGAUGUAGUGAGUACUUGGGGGGCGGCAUUCGAUCUUGAUGAAGAUGGUUCAGUAAUCGACCUACAAAAACCGAUGAUGAAAAGAGGUAGAGCAAAUGAUUAUCCUUUUAGUAGCACGAAAAAGAGAACAAUCAACUACAAAUGAUGAACUACACAGGUCUAAUUGUUCCGAAUAGAAAAAUAUGAUGC